ACUGGAAACAUCGCGCUCGUUUAUUCGUUCCGCCUCGCAGCUGUUGCCACUUUGAUGUGGCGGAAGAGAGAGAAACGCCGCGAUUGAAAGGCUGCUUUGAAGAUUGUUUAUGAUAUAUCUUGCAGAUUUAUCGUCAGAGCGUUAUCUCCGCAAGAUUUGUUCAGAUGUGGUUUGCCGUUGCCUUCCUUCGAAAGUGUGUUCGAAGAACCUAAGACAACCCAGUCGAUUCUCAGGCCUUAAGGCCAUCUUGGCCAUUUCCUGGAUAGCAUCGUUUUCUGCUUCGAGGAGAGAAAGAUGGCUUCGGACGAAUCCAGGCCGCUUUUGGGUGAAAUACAACCGCAAACGGACGAGAGGUCCUUGCAGUCGGAGAAUUAUUUAAGCCAGGUCCAGAACCGGGGCCUCUACCUGGCCACCUUUGCCUCCGUUUUGGGGCCGCUGAGCUUUGGCUUCGUCCUGGGCUACAGCUCUCCGGCCAUCCCGAGCUUGAAGCAAAGCGUCCGCCCGGAAUUGCAGCUGGACGCCAGCCAGGAGUCUUGGUUUGGGUCCGUCGUGACGCUGGGUGCCGCCGCCGGAGGGAUCCUGGGGGGUUUCCUGGUGGAGCAGGCAGGCCGGAAGCUGACCCUGAUGCUGUGUGCCGUCCCUUUCGUCUUCGGCUUCGCGGUCAUCCUCUCGGCGCAGAACGCCUGGAUGCUUUACCUGGGACGGGUCCUGACCGGUGUGGCCAGCGGCGUCACUUCAUUGGCUGUGCCGAUCUACAUUUCCGAGAUCGCUCACUCUGGAGUCCGUGGCAUGCUGGGCUCUUGCGUUCAGCUGAUGGUGGUGAUUGGCAUCUUGGGAGCAUAUACGGCUGGCCUGGUGCUGGAGUGGCGCUGGCUGGCGGUGCUAUGCUGCGUCCCGCCCUGCCUCCUGUUGGGGUUCAUGGCCUUCAUGCCCGAGACGCCCCGCUUCCUCCUCCUGCGGCAGAAGCAGGAACACGAAGCCCUGGCCGCCCUGCGCUUCCUGCGGGGGCCUCGGGUGGAGCACCAUCGGGAAUGCCUGGCGCUCCAGGCCCAUGCGGGAGAGCAGGAGGCGCUCACCCUUGCCGAGUUCAAGGACCCGUCCAUCUACAAGCCCUUCUGUAUCGGCAUCUCCAUGAUGUUCUUCCAGCAAGUCUCCGGCAUCAAUGCCAUCAUGUUCUAUGCGGAAACCAUCUUCAAAGAUGCCAACUUCAAGAACAGCGGCGCUGCUUCAGUCAUUGUGGGCUCCAUCCAGGUCUUUUUCACAGCCGUGGCGGCUCUGCUGAUUGAUAAAACAGGGCGCAAAGUCCUUCUGGUUCUAUCAGGGCUCAUCAUGGCUGCCAGCACGGCCACUUUUGGGAUGUAUUCCAAGAUGUUCCUUCCGAUCCCAAACAAUUCCUCCCAGGUGCAUUUGCUGUACUCGCAGCUUAAUCUUGCCGUCACGGAAGGACCGAAUCUCGCCUGGCUGUCCGUCUUGAGCCUGGGACUCUUCAUCGCAGGCUUUGCCUUGGGAUGGGGCCCGAUCCCGUGGCUCCUGAUGUCCGAGAUCUCCCCGCUCCGGGCGCGAGGGGCAGUCAGUGGUGCCUGCGUCUUGACCAACUGGACCAUGGCCUUUCUCGUCACCAAGGAGUUCAGCGACCUCACGGGGGUCCUCACACCAGCAGGCACUUUCUGGCUCUUUUCCACCUUCUGCCUCUUCAGCGUCGUUUUCACCAUCUUCUGGGUCCCCGAAACGAGGGGCAGGAGCCUCGAAGAGAUCGAAGCCGCUUUCCAGAGGUCCCAUUAAGCCCUUUGCAACCCUCCAUCCACCCAGGGAUUUUGUUCAGGUAACGGAGGCAGCUGGAAUAAUCCCGAUUUCCAGGAGACGAAUUACGGGAAAAUGCGGGCAAAGUGGACUUGCAUUGCCCUGGGAUACUGCGUUUGCACAUUACGGCAUCACAGCACAGCAAGGAUGCUGGAUUUUCUGAAAUAACCAUCAAACAGAGGCCUGGCUUGGCCUGGCCUUGUUUGCUUUUAAACUUGACUUUUUUUAACUGUUCCAGGUCCACGGGGCCUUUUCUAACCAAGGGUUCAUGAAUCAAGGCUGUUUUGAAAGGAUUCGAAGAGAGAAAGAAGGAGGCUUAUGAGGAGAAGGAAGGGAAGGAAGGAAAGAAAGAAUGGCAGACAGAAAGGAAGGAAGGUGUAUGAGAGAAAGAAAGAGUUGAAUGAAAGAAGGAAGGAAGGUGUAUGAGAGAAAGAAAGAAAGAAAGAAAGAGAAGGAAGGAAGGUGUAUGAGAGAAAGAAAGAGUUGAAUGAAAGAAAGAAGGAAGUUGUAUGAGAGAAAGAAAGAAAGAGUGGAACGAAAGAGAAGGAAGGAAGGUGUAUGAGAGAAAGAAAGAGUUGAAUGAAAGAAAGAAGGAAGGAAGGUGUAUGAGAGAGAGAAAGAAAGAGUGGAACGAAAGAGAAGGAAGGAAGGUGUGUGAGAAAAAGAAAGAAAGAGUUGAAUGAAAGAAAGAAGGAAGGAAGGUGUAUGAGAGAAAGAAAGGAACGAAAGAGAAGGAAGGAAGGUGUAUGAGAGAAAGAGUUGAAUGAAAGAAAGAAGGAAGGAAGGUGUAUGAGGGAAAGAAAGAG